CACCGGUGCCGACUUGCGCUCCCGAGCCUCCUCCCACCACGGAAACUUCGACUGCAUCGUCUCCCUUCCAGCGCCGCGUUGGUGCCGUCCGCCGGGGUCACAUGGGCGGCGAGAUGGCGGCCCCUAGAGCCCGCUGCCAGCCUCGCGGUCCAUGAGGCGGCAGCGGCGGCUGCGAGAGGAAAAAGGCGGGCCGGUUCUGCGUUUCUGGAGCUUGUUCGGACGUUCCGGCGGCGGGGAGCACGGUUCUUGUGCCUGAGAGGAGCCUUGGAAGGAAAAAGACGUGCGCCAUGGUGACGGAGCAGGAGGUGGAAGCUAUUGGGCAGACACUGGUGGACCCCCAGCAGCCCCUGCAGGCCCGCUUCCGGGCUCUCUUCACGCUUAGAGGACUUGGCGGCCCGGGCGCCAUUGCCUGGAUCAGUCGGGCCUUCAGCGAUGACUCUGUCCUGCUCAAGCAUGAACUGGCCUACUGCUUGGGUCAGAUGCAGGACCGCCAGGCCAUCCCUGUGCUGGUAGAUGUGCUGUGUGACACCCACCAGGAGCCCAUGGUGCGCCAUGAGGCAGGGGAGGCCUUGGGGGCCAUCGGGGACCCAGAAGUUCUGGAGAUCCUGAAGAAGUACUCCACUGAUCCUGUUGUCGAGGUGGCUGAGACGUGCCAGUUGGCUGUGUGUCGGCUGGAGUGGCUGCAGCAACAGAGUGGGGAGCCAGCGGCAGCAGGGCCCUACCUCUCAGUGGACCCGGCUCCUCCGGCCAAGGAGCAUGAUGUGGGGCGGCUUCGGGAAGCACUGCUGGAUGAGGCCCUGCCACUCUUUGACCGAUACCGAGCCAUGUUCGCCCUGCGAGAUGCUGGUGGCAAGGAGGCGGCCCUGGCACUGGCUGAGGGCCUGCGCUGUGGCAGCGCCCUCUUUCGCCACGAGAUCGGCUAUGUUCUGGGCCAGCUGCAGCACGAGGCUGCUGUUCCCCAGCUGGCAGCAGCCCUAGCCCAGCGGACUGAGAGCCCCAUGGUGCGACAUGAAUGCGCUGAGGCCCUGGGAGCCAUCGCCCGGCCUACCUGCCUGGCUGCCCUGCGGGCCCACAUGGCAGACCCUGAGCGUGUGGUCCGGGAGAGCUGCGAGGUGGCCCUGGACAUGUAUGAGUACGAGAGGGGACCGGCCUUCCAGUAUGCCGAUAGGCUGGAGCAGUUGCGCUUGCCCCCCUCCUAGAUCUGUCGCCCGCCUGGCCUGGGGCCUCUCCCCUGCAGGACUCAGCAUAUAGACCGAAUUUGUGUAAAUCAGAUCUUGAUUCCCUGAACCUGUUUACUUGGCCAGAUCUCAGUCACUUUUGCAUCUUGAGUACCCCCUGGGGCCAAGCUGAGGUCUCUACUAUCCCCUACUAAGGGACCUACCACAGUGCUGGCAGUGCACCAGGUGGGAAUGUCAUCAUGGGAGGCAAGAUCUGGGGCAUGUGCAGGGGUGGAGGUGGGGUGGUCCAGCUCCAGGGAUGGGGGGGUGGAGAAAGGCACUGUGGAGAAACCUGUGCCUGGCAGACCUGGGCAGGGUCUGGGUCUCUAACUCCCCACCCCGGGCCCUGGGUAGGCUGGGCUGGAGACUCAGGCCAGAUGACAAACAGGUCCCAGGUAACUGCUUAAGUGGAAUAUUAAAUUAUU